AUGUUGUUGCUCAUGUAUUGGCCAGAUGUGGAGGAUGAAAAUAAUCUGAUCUCAGCCUUAGUAUAUGUAUAUGACAUUUCUUCUGAGAACCUGUUCGAGGAAGUAGGAUUGCUGGUGGAAGGCUACAUGGGCAGCUGCUCCCCAGCAGUCCGGUUUUCUGCUUUGGAUAUUGCUGUCUGCACCAUCGAGAGAGCCAAUGGUCUGGUCAAUCGCCUAAUAGAGGAAAACAAGAUGGAUUUGUUAGGAAUGGUGGUUGUAGAUGAAUUGCAUAUGCUGGGAGACUCUCAUCGUGGAUACCUGCUAGAGCUUUUGUUGACCAAGGUUCGAUAUGUGACUCAGAGAGCAGCAACAAGCCCAGAAAAUUUGGCCAAUGAUUUUUCAAAAGAAAUUCAGAUAAUUGGCAUGAGUGCAACGCUCCCUAACCUGGACCUUGUGGCUUCCUGGCUCAAUGCUGAGCUGUAUCACACCGACUUUCGACCCGUCCCACUCCUGGAGACCUUGAAAAUUGGUAACUCAAUAUAUGACUCAUCCAUGAAACUUGUGAGGGAAUUCCAACCCAUGCUGCAAGUGAAGGGAGAUGAGGACCAUAUAGUUAGUUUAUGUUAUGAGAUCAUUCGUGAUGGCUAUUCAGUCCUAAUAUUCUGUCCAUCUAAGAACUGGUGUGAGAAACUGGCGAAUAUCAUAGCCCAUGAGUUCUAUGAUCUUCAACAUCAAGCAGAGGGAUUGGUAAAGCCAGCUGACCUUCACCCCGUUACGUUGGACCACAAGGGACUCAUGGAGGUGAUGGAUCAGUUAAAACGCCUGCCUUCUGGGCUGGACUCUGUCCUGCAACAAACUGUACCGUGGGGCGUGGCAUUUCAUCACGCAGGCCUCACUUUUGAGGAGAGGGAUAUCAUCGAAGGAGCAUUUCGGCAGGGCCUUCUUCGUGUUUUAGUGGCAACGUCUACACUUUCUUCUGGAGUGAAUUUGCCUGCCCGCCGUGUGAUUAUUCGGACUCCAGUCUUUAAUGGUCGAUGUCUUGAUAUUCUCACUUAUAAGCAGAUGGCUGGUCGGGCAGGAAGGAAAGGCGUAGAUACAAUAGGUGAGAGCAUUUUAGUCUGCAAGAAGUCAGAGAAAUCAAAAGGCGUUUCUCUACUUCAGGGCUCCCUCAAACCUGUGUGCAGCAGCCUGCAGAGAAGAGAAGGAGGAGAGACAACAGCCAGUAUGAUACGAGCCAUUCUGGAGAUAAUAGUUGGUGGAGUUGCCAAUACACCAAAAGAUGUACAGAUUUAUGCUUCUUGUACUUUUUUGGCUGCGAGUCUGAAAAUGGAAAAACAGAAGAGUUUGAAAGGGGAAAAGCAGAAAAUCCAGCAGGAACAGCAUGGAGCAAUUGAAGCCUGUGUGAUGUGGUUGCUAGAGAAUGAAUUCAUUCAGAUUUCAGAAGCUAAUGGUGAAGCAAAAGAAAAAGUAUAUCAUCCUACUCACCUUGGUUCAGCCACUCUUUCUUCAUCUCUUUCUCCAACUGAGGCCCUGGAUAUAUUUGCUGACCUCCAGAGAGCUAUGAAAGGCUUUGUUUUAGAGAAUGACCUGCAUAUUGUCUAUCUGGUUACUCCUCUAUAUGAAGAUUGGACAGCUAUUGAUUGGUACAAGUUUUUUUGCCUGUGGGAGAAAUUACCCAUCUCUCUGAAGAGGGUGGCAGAGCUAGUGGGAAUUGAAGAAGGUUUCUUGGCCCGUUCUGUGAAAGGAAGGAUAGUAGCCAAAACUGAGAAACAGCACCGACAAAUGGCCAUACAUAAAAGAUUUUUCACUAGCCUUGUUCUGUUAGAUUUAAUCAGUGAAGUUCCUUUGAAGGAUAUUAUUCAGAAAUAUGGUUGUAGUCGUGGGCAGAUUCAGUCUUUACAACAAUCAGCUGCUACUUAUGCAGGGAUGAUAACCGUGUUUUCUAAUCGUCUUGGCUGGCACAACAUGGAACAACUGCUUUCUCAAUUUCAGAAACGUCUUACCUUCGGUGUCCAGAGGGAGCUGUGUGACUUAGUGCGGGUGUCUUUAUUGAAUGCACAGAGAGCCAGAGCUCUUUAUACUGCUGGCUUUUUAACAGUGGCUGAUCUUGCCCGAGGAAGGACUGCUGAGGUGGAAGCUGUUCUGAAAAAUUCUUUACCAUUUAGAAGUGUCCGCAGGGCAGUAGAUGAAGAAGAAGAAGCAGCUGAAGAACGUCGGAAUAUUCGCACUAUCUGGGUAGCUGGGAGAAAGGGAUUAACUGAAAGAGAAGCAGCAGUACUUAUUGUGAAGGAAGCCAGAAUGAUUUUGCAGCAGGAGUUAGCUGAAAUGGGAGUGCAGUGGAAUCCAGACUCUUUUUUAAAUUCUGAAACCCAUUCAACUAGCAGCAGUGAAUCAGAAAUGGAGGACCCAAAAUCUAGGCAUCCCACCAAACAUUUAUUUAAAAGACCUAGAGAAUCAAAGAGAAAAACCACAAUUCCUUUUGGUGAGUCUCUUACAAAGAAUUCAUCCAAUACAGAGCAAAAUUCUCAUAUGGACAAAAUGCAUGCCAACACUUCAAAUUACAUUCUCCAAAAUGGAAAUCAAGAACAUCAACAACAUGUUGAAAUGAAAAAUGAUGAAUUUGUUUCUAGUUCCAGAAAAUUCCCAUUUUUGGGAACAAGUAAAGAUAAGUUAGUCACUACAGUGAAUAAAAGAAAGUCAGGCACUGAGGAAAUUACUAAAACAUUCUCUAAUGAAAAUAGGAAAAGAGCAGCUUUAAAUUUCAGUUCAGAAAAGCUGCCCAAAACUCCUCAGUUUUAUAAUCAAAGUAAAGUGAACCAUUCUGAAGCUAGAUGCAAUGUCAAAGACUCUAGAACACACAGACUUGGUUCACGAAGUAUUACUAUUGUUGGUACUGUUAAAGAUUUAUUACCUUCAGAUGAAAAGAGUACAGAAUUUCAAAAGCCUGAGCCUUUUGCUCAAAAUGAGUCUUUGGGCACUAGUGUCAAAUAUUUCAAACACCAAACACCAAAACUACGAACAGAGGAAAGUUGUUUAAAGGACAAAAUGACUAAAGAUUCUAAUGCAGAACAUUUCAUUUUAGAAUCUCAAACAGAAAAUAAUUCUGACCAAGUCCCUUCAGUUGCUGGGUAUAAUGGAGUGGGGAAAGCCAAGCCAAACAUAGAAAUAAUGACUAAUACUUUGAUGGAUAAUAACAAUUAUAUGAAAAAUCAGAGUGUUUAUGAGAAACACACCAAUGCCAAUCCAAUUACUAACUGCCCUCAAAAAAGACCAGUUAUACAUGCAAAAGUCUGUGUUGAAGAGGAAGUAUUGUUAAGAAAAGAAACACACAGUUAUUCUAUAAACAUAGAGAAAAACGUUGCUACUAGUAAAUGGGAAGGUGCAGAGUCUAAGGCUGAGGAAAAUAACUCCAAUCAUUUUCAGCCACCAGAAGCCAGCAUAAGUAGACCUAAGAUGCUCAAUGGAAUUACGUUACAAGUUGGAGUUGUGGAUAAAGGAGACCAAGAUGAAAAUGAUCCAAAGACCUCUGAAGUGAAAAAAAAAGCAGGUGCUUAUGCUGCAAAUGAAACUAAAAAUAAUUGGUCUUCUGACUUAGGCUUAGGCCCCAGGGACUUUGACGAUAGUUUCCACCUGGAUACUCAGACAGAGAAAAUAAUACAGCAGAUGGCAGCACCUGAAGCUGCAAAACAAGAAGGAGCAAAGGACAAAAACUUAGUAGCAAUGUUGACCCAGAAGAGCUUAAGAAGACAGAACUCUGUUAGCACUUCACAAAAUGAAAAUAAUAUUUAUUCUAAGGAAGGUACAGCUGUAAGACUUAGGAUUGUAGAUAUUACGAAGAAAACCACUGAGUCACAUGGUGUUGAAGUCCUGGAAAGCCCAGUUUUACAAUCUCCAAUGAAAUUGAAGGAAAAUUAUUUUCCUUUUAAAGGACAUGAAAAUUCUGUCACUGAUUCCCAACUAAAUAGUUUUCUUCAGGAUUAUCAAACACAAGAUUCAGUGGAAUCAGCUAGCCCCCCAGGUCUUCAAAAGAGACCCUCAGCUGGCCAAGAAGCAGAUUGCCAACUAAUUUUUGAAACAAGUUUGAAUAUGAGUGAUAGUUUGCUCUUCGAUAGUUUUAGUGAAGAUUUAGAAAGAGAUGAAAUUAAGGAGCACAAACCAGAUCCACAAAAAGACAUGCCUCCUUCUGAAAUUACUUAUGAUCAUUCCAAUGCCAUUUUGUGUCAACAACCACAUGGAUCAAUGGAUAAAGCAGUUUCAAAUCUAUUACCAGUUGAUGUGAAUCAGGCUAUGCAGCAACAAUUUGUCAGUUUCAGUGAUGAAUCACUUAUGUUCUCAGAAAUAGAUUCUCUUCAGAUGGCUGAAGCUUUGGAUGGUCCAGAUUUAUUUCUCAUUCCAGAGCAACACGUCACUGCAGUAACUCUUAAUGGAUUAGAGCAAAGGAAGUCUGGAGUUAUAAAUGAUAAUUACUCUAGAUCAAGAGUAGAUAGGAUAGGUCAGGAUGAAAAUGUACAAAUAACUAAAUUUACUGGAGAAAAUCAAGACAAUCCAGGGGCAUGGUCUGGGGCAUCAUUUGAUUUAAGCCCAGGACUUCAAAAUAUUUUAGACGGAUUGGAAAGCGAUAAGCCAAGUUUAGGGAAUAUGGAGCCACCUACUUUGAAGGAAAAGAGUAUAGGCUUAAAUGAACAACAGGAAGUAACUUCAGCUCGGUUGCCAGAGGUAAUGCCACUUUCCCCUAAUGACAAUUUAAAAAACAACUUUGAAGAGUUGGAAAAGGAUGCUAAGAGCUCAGAUUUUCAUGGUGAAACCUCAUCUCCUUUGCUUUAUAAAGAAAGCAAUAUUAUUUAUGAUCAUCUGGAAAGUCAUACAUUUUUUCCUCUACAUUCCACUUCUGUACCACCUACCACGCAUGACUUAUCACAGGUCCUUGGAACAUCUGAAAAACUUGGGAAAGCCAAAAUGGCUUUACAUACAGAUGAAUGUGACCCACUUAGUUUGACAUCAGAUAUUUUUGAAGACCAAAAUUUUAAACUACAAAAUGGAAAUAUACACAUGAAAAACCAGCAUCCCACUAAAGCUACAGACCUUUCGCCCAAGUUUUCACAAGAUAUGUCACAAUUAACUCUGGUCCCAUGUAGUACUGAGAUUUUAACCAUCAUUGAUGUAGGAAGUGACCAAACUCUCUUUCGGACCUUCAUCAAAGAAUGGCAGAGCAAAAAGAGAUUUUCCAUUUCACUAGCUUGUGAAAAGGCCAGUCGCCCUACAUGUCUUAAAUCGACAAGUAUAGGUGGCAAAUUUAAGCAAGUAAGAUCACCGGAAUUGAUCCCUGUUACAGAUGAUGGGUUUCCUGUUAAAGGCCAUGAAGACCUCUUGUUGGUUGGACUGGCUGUCUGCUGGGGUGAAAGGGAUGCCUACUAUUUGUCACUGCAACAAGAAGAACAGUGUUCUGAAAUCAGUGCCAGUUUAGCACCACCUUCUUUGGAUCCAAAUCUGACCGUGAAUGAGAGGCUGAGACAACUUCAGGCUUGUUUGCAGCAUGACUCUGUGAAAGGACGCUCAGUUAUCAUCUAUAACUUCAUCCAGAACUAUAAGAUGCUUCUUCUGUCUUGUGGCAUUUCUCUGGCAGGAAAUUUUGAGGAUCCGAAGGUAGCCUGCUGGUUACUAGAUCCUGACUCUAAGGAACCAACACUCCACAAUAUAGUUAUGAGCUUUCUUUCUCAUGAGCUGCCACUAUUGGAAGGGAUAGAAACAGGCCAAGGCAUUCAAAACCUGGGGCUGAACACCAGUGACGACCACUCUGGACGGUACAAAGCAGCCAUAGAAUCGAUUCUCGUCUUCAACAGUAUGACCCAACUCAAUUUGCUGUUAGAGAAAGAAAAGCUACAUGAUGUUUUCUGUAAAGUGGAAAUGCCCUCCCAAUACUGUUUGGCCUUACUGGAACUAAAUGGAAUAGGUUUUAGUACAAUAGAGUGUGAGAGUCAGAAACAUGUCAUGCAAGCCAAACUAAAUGCACUCGAGGCUCAGGCUUAUGAACUAGCAGGCCACAGCUUCUCCUUUACUUCUCCCGAUGACAUUGCUGAGGUUUUGUUUCUAAAAUUGAAAUUACCACCAAAUGGAAUUCAAGGAAACAAGAAAACUUUGGGUUCUACCAGAAGAAUGAAUACAAAUGGGCGUACUACCAAGAUGGGCAAACAGUUCAGUACUAGUAAGGAUGUUUUAAAGAAGCUGAAGAACCUACAUCCAUUACCAGGCUUGAUUCUAGAAUGGAGAAGAAUCACCAAUGCUAUUACCAAAGUUGUCUUCCCACUGCAGAGAGAAAAGUGUAUGAAUCUUGUCCUUGGAAUGGAAAGACUCUAUCCUUUAUCACAGACUCACAGUGCUACUGGGCGAAUAACUUUCACAGAGCCAAAUAUCCAGAAUGUGCCGAGAGAUUUUGAGAUUGAGAUGCCAACAGUAGUUGAAGAGAGCCCACCUUUUCAAGCACAAGGCAGGAGUAUACCUUUCAAGAGCAGAGAAAGUAAAUGUAAUAUAAAUUCUGGGUAUCAGAAGCAGUUGGCAGCAAGAAUCAAAGACAAUGGGAAGCCAUUUUCUGUUAGUAUGAGACAUGCCUUUGUUCCUUUCCCAGGAGGAAUGAUCCUGGCUGCUGAUUAUUCUCAACUGGAACUGAGGAUCUUGGCUCAUUUGUCCCGAGAUCGUCGUCUCAUUGAGGUAUUAAAUGGUGGGGCUGAUGUUUUCAAGAGCAUCGCAGCAGAAUGGAAGAUGAUCGAUCUGGAAGCAGUUGGGGACAAUCUAAGGCAGCAAGCCAAGCAAAUUUGCUACGGAAUAAUUUAUGGAAUGGGAGCUAAAUCUCUAGGAGAGCAAAUGGGCAUUCAAGAAAAUGAUGCUGCUUGUUAUAUUGACUCCUUCAAAUCCAGAUACACAGGGAUUCAACGUUUCCUAAAAGAGACAGUGAAGAACUGUAGCAGAGACGGGUUUGUUCAAACCAUUUUGGGAAGGCGAAGGUAUUUGCCUGGAAUCAAAGACCAAAAUCCCUACAAUAAAUCCCAUGCUGAACGUCAAGCCAUCAAUACCACAGUGCAAGGGUCUGCUGCCGAUAUUGUCAAAACAGCCACUGUGGGCAUUCAGAGACGAUUGGAGGCGCUGCCUUCUGUGGCCCCGUCUCACGCACACAGAGAGAGUGGGCUGGGAGGCCCCAGCACAGGUUCGUUUCCUUCAUCUAGAUUCCAAAGACUAUUUUGCCCAGUAAGAGGAGCCUUUUUCAUUCUUCAGUUGCACGAUGAGCUGCUUUAUGAGGUGGCAGAAGACGACGUUGUCCAGGUCGCUCAGAUUGUCAAGAAUGAAAUGGAAAAUGCUGUGAAGCUCUCAGUGAAACUGAAGGUCAAAGUGAAGAUAGGGCCCAGCUGGGCGGAGCUGCAUGACUGGGACGUGUGA